AGGUUUUAAUAAUUCAAUUGUGUCGAGGCUUUGUGGAGAAGGCUUUUACGUUUGCGACACAUAGUUUGUUAUCGGCGAUGUGCUGGGCUGCUCGCUUGUGAAAACCCAUAUAUACCAGCGUGUAAAGGACUCGGCACUCUCUACCAACCCUGUAACAUGGCAGACGCACUAACAAAAGAAAAGCGUGAAGAGCUCCGUGAGGCCUUCUAUAUGUUUGAUAAAGAUGGGGAUGGCAGAAUCACCGCCUCAGAACUUGGAGUCGUGCUUAAAUCCAUGGGUCACACACCAACCGACACAGAGUUACGGGACCUGAUUCACGAAGUAGAUGCUGACGGAAACGGGACGAUUGAGUUCAACGAAUUUUUAGUGAUGAUGUCUAAACGGCUGUCAUCCGACCUGGAGAAACAGGAAUACGUGGAUGCCUUUAAGGCUAUGGACCAGAACGGAGACGGAGUGAUAAGUGCUUCCGAACUCCGUCAAGUACUCAAAUCCAUGGGCGAAAACAUCAACGAUAAGGACAUCGGCGAUAUGAUGAAAGCGGCCGACAUGGACGGAGACGGAAAAAUCAACUAUGUCGAGUUUAUCCAAAUGAUGAAAAACCGGUAACACAACACAUCAAAAUGCUAAUGCUGCAGGAUAACAUCACGUGACCUUCCGUUACCUGGUCUAGGGUUUUCAAAGACUUAUCAUCAUAGUGUUCUUUAUCCAUCGUUCUUUCUCUCUAUUCAAUUGAUCUUCUUAUAUCUUUACAAUCGCACGGACCGUUUAGACGUUUCUUCGGAUAUGAUUUAAUGUUUUAAUCUUAUUUAAACGCAAUUAUCUCAUCCUUUUGGAUACUAUGCAAUAGACAAAUUUUGGGAAAACGAGGACUUUUUCACCUUUAUAAUUAUAUAGUUUUACUAUUAGAGACAGAAGAGUGUCAUUCCAAGGGAAAUAACUCUCAUCAUCUCAAGCCUGUGGAAGCGUAAACAUCCAUUCUAAAGCGAUUUUCAUCUUGGACCUUUAGUUCAAGAACAAACCAUUCUUCAUUUUGGAUUUGUCCACAAUUGUCUGUACAGUUGCUAAAAAAGCAAGGACCUAAAUUUUAGAUGUUUCACUACAUUAAUUAAACAUUGAAAUUUGAAUUUUGAAAUUAUGUGAAAAUUGAGCAUUCCGAUGGAACCCUUUUAUUAUCGGAAUGUUGUUGAAUUUUCAAAAUAUUUGCACAUGUUAAAUCAUUACUAAAAACACCAAUUCUUCAAUAACUUCCGGUUUUGACAUGCUGAGUUACAGACCAUUGGUAUAUCUCAUUCCGGUAGAUGUCCCCAUCAAAAAAAUGGGAAAAAUAAGGAAAAAGGUUCGAGUCUUAUUGGAUAUUGUCAAUUUUGUUUGUGUAAUUCCGGGCGCAAAUUGUGUGUUCAGCUGACUGGCGAUUGAGUGCUGAGCCAAAGGAAUGCGCUUUAUAUGAGCAAGAUCCUGUAUUAAUGAUAUGUCUGUCUUCCCCGUGCUGUGCCCGAUUCGAAGGAACAAGGCGACAAGCAUAAUGUUUAUUAUUUAGUUUAAGUUAUAAUUGUCACCAUCCUAUAAAGUAUGGUAUUAUGCUGUCAACGAAAAACUGAAUCAAACCUCGAGAAGUGAUUUGCAAUACCUUAGUACUUUUUUUUUUUUUUUGUCAGACUGUGAAUCGUUUUCUUAUAAAUUAUUCCAAAAACAAUUUAUUUGAACUAAGGAAGGUAGCGCACAAUUUGAAAACAAGACUCUCCGUCAGUCUAAUUAAUUUUCUUAUUUCUCUUGCUAAGGGAGGUAACUUAAACAAAUGUUUGUUCGAAUUAUAUUUGGGAAAUAUUAUGAGAAAAUUGUUUUAAAAUAUAACAAAAAAUAUUUCAUAGGCAAGUUUUUAUUUACAGAAAGAUACAAUGUAAUUGACUUUUGACUUUUGUUGAUUUGUAAAGCCGAAUGGAGGAGAGGGACCGUGAUUUCGUCAUGGCUCCUUUACACUUCCGUAGACGAUUUACCAAUAAAAUGGCAUUCCAGUUACUCUUAAAA